AUGCCCUUCAAGUUCAAGUACCUCGUACAACUCCUCGAAGAACUCGAUACAGCCCAGAAAAAAGCACAAUCAUCCUCAACGCGCCCUUCGCGGCCCUUGCAUGAACUCAUCAUCCAGUGGUUCAGGAACCACGACUCCGAAAUCGUCCGACAUGGACCCUCCGCCGUGGCAUUCCUGUCUUGCCUGCUGUUGGAGCGAGUGCCACAUCUCGUCUAUGGCCUGCAGCCCAAGCCCUUAGCUGGCGUCUUAUCCAAGGCUCUGUUCAUCGAGAACACAUCCCGUAGUCGGCAGCUACUUGCGUGGGAGGCUACAGGUUUCGAUUUUGCGACCUGUCUUGAGAAGUGUGUUAUGAGCCUGGCCGAGAAUGAUCCACCGCCUGUCGAUAGAGAGGUAACGCUGGAGGAGGUCGAUGCUGUUUUGCGACAGCUUGCCGCCAAUUCCAGGUUUGCUUCGCCCGAAAUGAGGAAGCAUAGAGAUGGCGCUAGGUCUGAGACCCUUCUGCGAUCCAUUCUAUCGCGGCUCCAUAGCAAAGAGGCCAAGUGGUUUGUGAGGAUGAUUCAGAAGUCCUAUGACCCCGUCCAGAUUCCAGAGCACCUGGUCCUGGGAUGCUUCCACUUUUUGCUGCCUGAUAUUCUCCCAUUCCAGAACUCUCUCGUCGAGGCGAUCAAAGUCCUAGGGCAACCCGAAUUGGUCUCCAUCCCUCAUGACCCACCCCGUGCUCUGCAACGAAGGUAUCGACAAGAAUGCGCUCGACACUUGACACCCAAGCUUGGUGUCAUGAUCAAGCGCCAAGAGUAUGAAAGGGCGAGGAGUAUCAGGCACUGCUGCCAGAUAGCGAACGCGAGGACGAUGAGCAUCGAGCGCAAGUAUGACGGCUGGUACUGCCAGGUCCAUAUCGACAAGUCAAAAGGCAAAGACUGUAUACAGCUAUUCUCCAAGCGUGGUAAAGACUCGACGAAGCCUUGGUUCCGGCUUCACGGAGCACUGGAGGCCGGCCUACGUCUUAGUGAACCGGAUUGUGCGAUCGCUCAAAAUUGUAUACUUGAAGGCGAAAUGUUGGUCUGGAGUCACUCGCGGAGAACCAUUCUGCCAUUCGAAAAGAUCCGGAAAUAUAUCCAAUACAACGGCAGAGCGGUAGGCGCCGCUGCCGACUCUCCAAGAUCGUCAGACGAACAAUUGAUGAUUAUAUUCUAUGACUGCCUUUGGCACGACAAUCAGAACCUUGUCAACCAGCCUCAAUAUUUGCGGCGCCGUCGAUUGGAGCAGAUUGUCAGCGUUACCGAAGGUUUUGCUCAGCUCGGCGAGUGUCGGGAGAUUAGAUUCGGCACGAAAAGCGCCAAAGAGGAACUCCAAAAGUUCUUCGGACAUGCGAUUGAACAGAGAUGGGAGGGGUUCGUGCUGAAAGGCCGCCGCGAUGCCUAUUUCUCAACUCUGUGGAACGCCAAUGCGAUCAAGUUGAAGAAGGACUAUAUCAAGGGACUCGGGGAUGCAGCUGACCUCUGCAUCGUUGGCGGUCGCAAAGACGCGGCGGAAGCAGACAAGUAUGGCUGGUGCGUCAACUGGACGACGUUCUAUGCCGCAUGCCUCAAGAAUAAGGAAGCCGUCCAAAGAUUCGGGCUCAAGCCAGAAUUUCUGAUCAUUGACAUCCUGACACGUCAGACCAUGUCGGAAGAGACGUUUCGGGAGCUGAAUCAACGUGGUUUGGGAUUCUGCUCGCCCUUUUCUGAAUCGACCGAGCACAUGAACGUCACCAGCGACCAGCCAGAUAUCGCGCGCCAACCUCCCACAAUCUUGUUCACCAAGCCGUUUGUUGUUGAAGUGACUGGAGCCGCCUUUACCAAGCCCGCAGACGUUGCCUACUACACGCUGCGGUUUCCUCGUGACGUCAAGUUGCACUUUGGUCGGUCUUUGACGGAUACUCACAGCUUUGAAGAGCUACAGGAGAUUGCAAGAGAGAGCCUCACUCCUGCGGAUCCCGAAGAACAGGAAGAGGUUGAUUGGAUCAGACGUCUCAUUGAAGCUGAUGGAAAGCGACAUCAGUGUGUCGACCUCCACGCGGGAGGCACACCGAGCCCUUCGCGUUCAUCCGCUGCCAGCAUCAGCAUAUGUGCCUCGUCCCCUCCAUCUGCCAGCCACAUUCAGACUACCGGCGGACACCCAUCGCAAUCACCCCUGAGCAGUCGCAAUCUUACUGUUAUGCGUAACGGCACACCGAGCCCCAGGCUCACCCGCAGCCAUGAAUCGUCUCCUCUUGCAUUGGCAGCAACCGAUGAAGAGAGUGUGGGGCCGUCCGUAGGGCCAAUACGACCAAGGUAUGAUGCCUCUGGUCUCGAAUCGGGGGUCAAACGUAAAUAUGAAACUUCCAGCUUGGCCAUGACGGUCGACAAGCGACCAAGAAAUAAUAAUACUGUGAAGGGGCUUCUUACUCCUCUAGAGUCCUCUCUUCGAGACCAGAUGACCUCUGUCCAACCCCAUGAACCUUCAGCAGUAUUCCGAUCUCCACGAAAACUCACGGAACGGAGGUAUUCUGCCUCCACCCCACGCGAACCUCUUGGUGAGCUGAAAAACGUCCGUGCCAAACCGGCGUCAGAGCAGAAAAGUACCACUCCAGCUUGGCCUGUUAAUCACGGCGACGAGCUAGAUCCUAAAAGGCCCGUCGGGAAGCUUGCAGAGAAGACGAGUCUCGCAUCUCAACAAGCGAGUCCAUGCCUGACGCAGCCAGCAGCCUCCGCUCUGGACAAUAUCAUACUGACGGUCAUGUCAUCUUCGACGCUUCGCCUCGAGGACGUCAAGUCGGCCAAUUGGCUGACGGUGGUGUUUGUGCAGCUCGUCGACAAGACAUACUCGAAGAGCGUGCGCGACACUAUCUACGAAACCACAAAGGCAGUUCUGAAAGAGUACAGAAGACGGCGCAGCGAGGAGAAACAACGGCGGCUGGACCACCGUGGGGAAGGUCUGGUACCGACAGCACCGAUCCCUCGGCCACGACGGCAGCAGCAGCAGCAGCAGCAAAGGAUGAUUCUCUUUUACGACGAGAAGAUUCGAUCUCAAUCUCAAUCUCGGCCUCUACCUUCUUUCUCGGAUCCGUCGUCGCCAGAACUUCUCAGAGGUGCAGGCGACGUGUUGCGGAGGAAGUCGUCCAAGAAGUAUUUCGCGGGGGGAUUGCUCUUGACUAUCGACGAGGAUAAGGACGAGGUUGUGUCCAGAGUCAUCUGGCAUUGGCGCGAAUCUGUCAUGCUUUUGGACGAGGUGCAGUACAAAUACAGUAUAUGCAGGGUAGAACAGUCGUGA